GGUUGUAGUUGGUGCUGGUGUUGAGGAGAAGAAGAAGAAGGAAAAAAAAUCGGCGCAAACGAGCCAGGCGAGACGCCGAGGGAUGUGAGGGGGGGGAUGCCGGUGUUUUGCAGUGGUGGGACCGCCUGUGAAGCCCCAGCGCUGGGAGUGAAUUCAGCACCGGGGGGAGAGCGGACAGCUCCCGACGAAGCCGCCACCGCCGCCGCAGCGCUCAGUAACACAACCGGUGGGAGGAAAAAGCCACGGAUUUGUUCGUUUUUACCCCCCCACCACCACCACCUUCCCCCCUCUCUCCAUCACUGCCAAGGUCAGUGUUAAACGAACUGAAAAAGCAAAGAAAAAAACGAAAAGAUGAGCCGGACUCCGCUGACGCUCUUUUCUUUCCGCUUUUCUUCCGAUUAUAUCCCCGAACCCUGCGAGGCUGUGAGGACUCGGUCGACUUGAAAGAGACGUUUAUGUUUGUGUUUUUGGAUUCGUGGGGGGAACAGAGAGGAAACAAAACUGGAAGAGUGGACACGAGAGCAGACCAGACCCCCAGCUCGCGCCGCGUCUUGAAUCCGGGAAUGAGUCGUCCACGUUGAAAAAAUGCUGCUUUGGAUCGUCCUGCUGAAAGCCGCUCUUUGUCUCGCCAGUGGAAACGUUACAAGGGACGUUUGCAAGGAGCAGAUAUGCUCCUGCAACGAGGUGGAGGGAGACCUACACAUAGACUGCGAAAAGAGGAGCUUCACCACUCUGCAGCAGCUCACCGGCCCCAGCUCGCAGUUUUAUCACUUGCUGCUGCACGGGAAUUCUCUCUCUAGGCUCUUUCCCAACGAGUUCGCCAACUUUUACAACGCCGUGAGUCUGCAUUUGGAAAACAACGGCUUGCACGACAUCGUGCCCGGCGCCUUCCUGGGACUUCAGCUGGUCAAGCGGCUGCACAUCAAUAACAAUAAGAUCAGAUCGUUCAGGAAGAGCACGUUUCUGGGCUUGGACGACUUGGAAUAUCUCCAAGCUGAUUUUAAUCUACUGAGGGAUAUUGACCCCGCCGUUUUCAGGGACCUAAAUAAACUUGAAGUGUUGAUACUUAACGACAACCUCAUCAGCGCGUUGCCCGUGAACGUGUUUCAACAUGUGCCCAUUACGCAUCUCGACCUGCGCGGAAACCGAAUCAAAACGUUGCCUUAUGAAGGGAUCCUGGAGCAGAUCCCGGGCAUUGCGGAGGUUUUGUUGGAGGACAACCCGUGGGACUGUAACUGCGACCUGGUUUCGCUCAAGGAGUGGCUGGAGAACAUACCGCGGAACGCGCUCAUUGGGAGGGUGAUAUGCGAGGCUCCCACCAGGCUGCAGGGCAGCGACCUGAACGAGACGUCAGAGGCGGAUCUGUGCCCCUCGCAGAGCGCCGGCGUGGACAGCAGCCUGGUGGCCCCUCCCACUCAAGAGGAGACCUCCAUGGCCCGCGACACGCACCCGACGCCUUACAAGCCCAGCGGAAAUGCCAGCAGGCCCCCGACGCCAGGAGGCCACGGGUCCAACAAGAACCACUCUAAAUCUCGUGAGAACUGGCAGCUGAAAACGAAACCCACUCCAGUGGCGGCAGGUGUGGACAGGGAGCAACAGCAGCUGCGCAACGUGACGUGCCCCGAGCCGUGCAAGUGCAAGCUGGUGGGCUCCAGGCAGGGGCUGGGGGUCAACUGCGAGGGCAAGAAGAUCGAGAACCUGUCCAACCUCAAACCCAAACCCCUGGCCGCUCACGAGCUCAACAUGAGAGAAAACAACAUCCACGCGGUGAAGAAAAACCAGCUGCUCGGCUAUGCGAGCCUCAACUUGCUCGACCUGGGCGCGAACAACAUCAAGGUGAUCGACAACGGCACGUUUCAAAACCAGAGCGAGCUCAGGUGGCUGUACUUGGAUAAGAACUACCUGGACGCGCUGGUGACGGAGAUGUUCAUGGGCCUCGUGAAUUUGGAAUAUCUCAGUUUGGAAUACAACGACAUCCAGCUCGUAGUUGCGGGCGCGUUUAGCCCCAUGCCGAACCUGAGGGUUCUCUUCCUCAACAACAACUUGCUCAAAUCGUUACCCGCGGAUGCUUUCCUUGGGAUUUCUUUAUCUAAGAUCAGCCUGCACAACAACUACUUCCCCUAUCUCCCCGUGGCAGGCGUGCUGGACCAGCUCAACUCGAUCAUCCAGAUCGAUUUGCACGGGAACCCGUGGGAUUGCUCGUGCAAAAUCGUGCCCUUCAAGCAGUGGACGGAGAAGCUGGGGGCCGACGUGAUCGUGAGCGACCUCAAGUGCGAGUCGCCGGAGGAGUUCUGGAAGCGAGACUUCCGCUACGUGCGGAACGACCUGCUGUGCCCCAAGCUCUACGUCUUCCCGACGUCGCUGUCCAAAAACAGCACUUUCGCGCAGGACUCGGGGACGCGCUCGAACUCCUACCUGGAGCCCAACAGGGUCUCCAUCUCGGUGCUCGUGCCCGGUCUGCUGCUGGUGUUCGUCACGUCCGCGUUCACCGUGGUGGGGAUGCUCGUGUUUAUUUUGCGGAACCGAAAGAGGUCGAAGCGGAGGGACGGAAACUCCUCCGCGUCCGAGAUCAAUUCCCUGCAGACUGUGUGCGACUCUUCGUACUGGCACAGCGGGUCUUAUCACGCGGACGGGGGCGCGCACCGGGGCUUCGACUGCAGCACGCAUCUCUCCACGACAAACGAUGCGUAAAAAGGAAAGAUGCCCCCCUCCCUUCCCUGGAUUACAAACACACACACAAAGAGACAGAUACACAUACGAACUUUAUAUUUUAUCCAUUUGAACUAAGUCUGCUGCUGCUGUUGCACAGCCCCCCUGCCCCUCCUCACCCCACUCUGUAAUAUAUGUAUAUGCCAAGCCCCCCCCCCCCCCAAAGAAAAGGCUA